AUGGGUUCUACUCUGUCCACAUAUAUGUUCAAGUAUGACACUGUUCAUGGCCAGUGGAAGCAUCAUGAGGUUAAGGUCAAGGACGAGAAGACCCUUCUUUUUGGUGAGAAAUCAGUCACAGUAUUUGGAAUCAGGUACAAUUUNCAUCAUGAGGUUAAGGUCAAGGACGAGAAGACCCUUCUUUUUGGUGAGAAAUCAGUCACAGUAUUUGGAAUCAGGAACCCUGAGGAGAUCCCAUGGGGUGAAACGGGUGCUGAUUUUGUUGUGGAAUCUACUGGAGUUUUCACUGACAAGGACAAGGCUGCUGCCCAUUUGAAGGUUUGCUCUGAUCUCCUUNCGGGUGCUGAUUUUGUUGUGGAAUCUACUGGAGUUUUCACUGACAAGGACAAGGCUGCUGCCCAUUUGAAGGUUAUUAACGAUAGAUUUGGCAUUGUUGAGGGCCUCAUGACCACUGUGCAUUCCAUUACUGCCACUCAGAAGACUGUUGAUGGUCCAUCAAAGAAGGACUGGAGAGGUGGAAGAGCUGCUUCAUUCAACAUCAUUCCCAGCAGCACUGGUGCUGCCAAGGCUGUUGGUAAAGUUCUGCCAGCCCUGAAUGGAAAGUUGACUGGAAUGUCCAUCCGAGUUCCAACUGUGGAUGUUUCAGUGGUGGACGUAACUGUAAGGCUUGAGAAGGCGGCCACCUAUGAUGAGAUAAAAGCUGCGAUUAAGUAAGCUUCUUUGUGAUUUUAUGGGCAUGAUUGGGUAGUCUCUCAUUGUUUAAGUUAUUACUGACCAGCAGUCACUGGAAAUGUUCCUUUUCUUGAUGAAUUUUUUUCAGUUUACUACCACCUUUGAUGAGCAGUGUAAUGUUCCCCGUGGUUAUCGUUUGAUUUUCAUUCUGUUCCUUGGUUGUUCCCAGGGAGGAGUCAGAGGGCAAACUCAAAGGUAUCUUAGGGUACACUGAGGAUG